UCAAAUUCAGAACGUGCGCCGGUGUUAUUGUGUUCAAAAUAUCGUCUUAUCGGGAGAAUUAUUUCUUGAUUUCAAACAUUCUUAGUGAUCCAGUGAUAAGGAUAAUAUUUCAGUUACUUCUGUUCAUCAUUGGGUGAAUUUGUUUGUGUUGACAAGUAUUUUGUAAGGUCGAAAGUGGGAAACAUGGGAGACAUGAAGGAAGACCCCCAGGUUUUACCAAAACUGGAAAGAUUCUGCGAGAUAAACGAACAGUUCAAAAUAUCUUUCGAAAAAAUAGAAAAAAACAGCAACUUCAUUCGGUACCACCUUGAUGAAAUACAUAUACAUUAUAUUGCUCAUGAGUUGCUUCAUAUACCUCAGUAUCUUGAGAGCAUUGCUUCCCAUUUCAGCGAUUUAUUACCAAGGCUCUUAUCUAUAGCAAUAUUUUUCGAUGAUGAGUUUUAUAAAUUUGAUUAUAGCAGACAUAUUGUGAAUUGCGUUCUAUUGGGAAAAAUCUUGAGGCUUAGACCAGACUUGUCCAGUUACGCUUUGAAAUAUUUCAAUAUAUAUCCCUGUCCGUUUGAUGAUCCUGAAGAGCAAAAGGAAAGUAAGAGAUUAAAGAAGGAAUAUUCAGUAUCAGAUAUUGAAUUGGUUGAGGGCUAUUUAGUUCUUUUAUUAACUGAUACAGAAUUUUAUAGAGCCAAAUGGAAUUGGUCAAAAUUUAUUUCCAAAUAUCUGAAAAGUAAUGAUAAGAGGGUUAGAUGGAUUGCAGGAAAGUGUACAUGUGUUCUCAGUAAAAUGACUGAGAUCCAGGCAGAAACAUUUAUGUUACAUUUAGUUUCCAAAGAACUUCACUACAAAUUCAGCUAUAUUUUCAACGAAAAGUUAACAUUGAUCGAAUAUGACAGUCCACAAUUAGAUCCUAACCCCAUAGUUAAUGCUUCUGUUGGUGGAAUUAUUCAGACAAAUAAUAUAUCGGGAAUCUACAUUCCUACUAAGCCUCAUUUUUUUCCUAUAAAAACAUCUAUUGUUGAAGUGGAAUCCACAGCUAAUAACUUGAGGAAAAUAGCUUUAGGUCUGACAUUGAACCAAGCUGUUUGCCUACAAGGCCCUGUGGGAUGCGGAAAAACAACUCUUGUGGAAUAUUUAGCAGCUAAAACAGGCAGGGUGCUUGGCAAAGAUUUCAUAAAAAUUCAACUUGGUGAUCAGAUGGAUAGUAAGAUGUUGUUGGGAACUUAUAGAUGUACUGAUGUACCUGGUGAAUUUGUGUGGCAAGCAGGAGUUUUAACACAAGCUGUUCUAGAAGGCAGCUGGUUGUUGAUGGAAGAUAUUGAUUCUGCAAAUAUGGAUAUAGCUUCAGUUCUCACGAACUUGCUAGAAAAUAAAUCUUUAUCCAUUCCCGGAUUUAGGGAUAAUGUGCCCAUAACUCCUGGCUUUCAACUUUUCUUCACAAGAAGAUUCUUAUCAACUAUCACAGGACAUCAUAAAAAACAUUCAAACCCAAUGACUUUAAUGAAGAAACAUUUGCUGCAAAUCAACAUUGACCCGUUCACACCAGCAGAACUGAAGAGUAUUCUAGUGGAAAAGCAUUUUGAAUUCAGAUUCAUCACAGAUAGAUUGGUCGAGGUUUAUAAGUUAUUUUCAUAUGAUAAUCCCUAUGGUCUGAAAAUUUCUAGGAGUUCAAGGUUGACAUCAACAAGAGAUUUUUUCAAAUGGUGCUCCAGAGCUAUUGUCGGUUUCAAUCCCCAAUCACAGGAGAGUGCUUUGAAAGUGCUUCAAGAUGCAAUAGAUGUUUUUUGCUGUUCACAUCCAGAUUUAAAAGAGUCGGUAAAUAUAGCCAAACAAAUCAGUACCCUGCUAGGAAUUGUGAAUCAGAAGGCAGAAUAUUUCUGUCUACUUUAUAAACCAGUCAUUGAAUCAACUACUACUGAAUUUAUUGCCGGUCGUGUUUCAAUGAAAAAAGAUAUGAAUCAAUAUAUCCAACAUUUGACUUAUACAUUUACCAGACCAUCUGCAGUUUUACUUGAAAGGAUUAUGUGCUGUGUUAGUUCAGCCGAACCAGUUUUAUUGGUUGGUGAAACUGGUACUGGCAAAACAUCUACUGUCCAGUAUCUUGCUAGCGUUGUUGGCAAAAAACUUGUUGUCAUCAACAUGAACCAACAAUCAGAUUCUGCUGAUUUACUUGGAGGAUUCAAACCAGUUGAUUUGAAGUUUGUGAUAACUCCACUGAAGAAAGAAUUUGAUCAAGCGUUUUUUGAAUACUUCAAGGUGGGUCCUAACAGAAAAUACCUUGAUCAACUGGAAUAUUUGUAUAACACUGAAAAAUGGUCCGAACUGGUAUCAGCAAUGAAGAUAAGCUAUCAAGCUGCCAUUAAUAAUCUGAAUAAAUCAAAAUCAGUUCAAGGCAGAAAGCGCUUAUUAGAAAAUGAGGAAGAUAUGGAAAAGGCCAAGAAAAGAGAUGAUAUGAAAGCCCGUUGGUCAAGCAUUGGACAAAAAAUUGAAAAAUUAACAGUACAACUUAAACAGAAAACAGCUCUAGCCUUUGCCUUCAUUGAAGGUACUUUAGUUAAAGCCAUUCAAAAGGGUUAUUGGGUAUUACUAGAUGAAAUUAAUCUGGCGAAUGCAGAAACUCUGGAGUGUUUAUCAGGAUUACUUGAGGGCUCAAACGGUUCUUUAUGUCUUCUAGAAAGGGGUGACAAAGAGCCAAUUACUAGACAUCCCGACUUCACCUUAUUUGCAUGUAUGAAUCCUUCAACUGAUGUUGGCAAAAGAGAUCUACCUCCUGGCCUAAGAAAUCGUUUCACAGAAUUCUUUGUUCAUGAACUAACUGAAAAGAAUGAUUUGCUUCACUUAGUUGUGAGCUACAUUCAAAAUUUAUCCUUUAAAGAGAAGGCAUUGAAUAAGAUUGUGGAUUUCUAUCUGAAGGUUAGGAAAGAAGCUGAAAACAAUCUUCUUGAUGGGGUCGGACACAAACCUCAUUUUUCCUUGAGAUCUCUGUGCAGAGCUCUAACGAUUGCUUCUAAAAAUCCUUGUGGGAUGAUGAAGAGGAGUUUGUAUGAAGCUUUCUGCCUGAGUUUCUUAACACAGCUGGAUGCCGACUCUUAUAUUAUAGUGCAGAAUAUGAUUAAGAGUUACCUCAUUGAAAAAGAUGAAGUGAAAGCUGUUCUGAACCAACCCAUACCUAAGCCAGAUUCUAGUGUUGUGUCCUAUGUUCAGUUUGAGGGAUAUUGGGUUCAACAAGGGAAUUUGGAGUGCACAAUCCCUGAUGACUAUAUUCUUACAGAUUAUGUAAGAAAAAAUUUGAAAGAUUUGGUCAGGGUUGUAUCUAUUGGAAAACUGCCAGUAUUAUUGCAGGGGGAUACUUCAGUGGGAAAAACAAGUUUAAUUACAUAUUUGGCUAAAGCCAGUGGCAACAAAUGUGUAAGAAUAAAUAACCAUGAACAUACUGAUCUUCAGGAGUACAUAGGAUCUUAUGUAGCAGAUAUUAAUGGCAAACUAGUGUUCAGAGAAGGUUUAUUGGUGGAAGCCAUGCGCCAAGGACAUUGGAUUAUACUUGAUGAAUUGAAUCUGGCUCCAACAGACGUAUUGGAAGCCUUAAACAGAGUUUUAGACGACAACAGGGAACUUUUCAUACCCGAAACUCAGCAAGUGGUGAAAGCUCAUCAGAAUUUCAUGCUUUUCGCCACUCAAAAUCCCCCUGGCGCCUAUGGCGGUAGAAAAAUGCUUUCAAGGGCUUUCAGAAAUAGGUUUGUCGAACUGCAUUUCACAGAAAUUCCGCCAAAUGAAUUGGAGUUCAUUUUGCAUAAAAGAUGCCAGAUUGCACCAUCGUAUGCCAAGAAGAUGAUUAGUGUAAUGACUGAUCUACAGAUCAGGAGGCGAGGUUCAGCUGCUUUUGCAGGAAAACAAGGUUUCAUUACACUUCGAGAUCUCUUCAGAUGGGGUGAAAGAUACAGAUUAGCUGAAAAUCUGGAUAAACUUUAUGAUUGGGACCAGCAUCUGGCAGAUGAGGGUUAUCUAGUUUUAGCCGGUAGGGUUCGAAAGUUAGAAGAAAAAAAGGAAAUUAUUACAGUACUUCAAAAACAUUUGAAAAGGGAGGUUAUCCCGGACAAUUUAUUCACCUUAUCAUCGUCUACCUCAUCGGUAACAAGAAAAAUAUUGGAGGAUAUUCAUAAAAAUCAAGAAAAAAAUAAGAACAUCGUAUGGACAUUUAGUAUGCGUCAGUUGGCUGUCUUGGUGGCUAAAGCCAUUCAGUUCAAAGAACCUGUUUUGUUGGUUGGUGAAACUGGUGGAGGUAAAACGACUGUAUGCAAAGUUAUAGCUGAUAACAAUGGCCAAGAAUUAGUGACUGUGAAUUGCCACAUGCACACCGAAAGUAGUGAUUUCAUUGGUGGGCUGAGACCUGUUAGGAAUCACGAGGAUAAUGAGCGUUUGUUCGAGUGGGUUAACGGCCCCCUUAUUCAAGCUAUGGUAAAGGGAAGUGUUUUCUUGGCAGAUGAGAUAUCGUUAGCUGAUGACAGUGUUUUGGAGAGGCUAAAUUCAUUGUUGGAGCCAGAAAGGUGUUUGCUACUGGCUGAGAAAGGAACUGAUAUCAACAAUCCAGAUACUUCAGAAAUGAUCAAAGCCCACAAUGACUUUUAUUUCAUCGGAACCAUGAAUCCUGGUGGAGAUUUUGGAAAAAAAGAAUUGUCUCCGGCUUUAAGGAACCGUUUCACCGAGAUUUGGUGUGAACCUUGCACCAUUAGAGAUGAUUUGAUCGCGAUCGUUGAAGCCAACAUCAAUGAGGGAGUUUCUUUUGGCAAUCAAGAGGAUGGAACUAGUGGAAUUGGAAAGAGGAUAAUGGAUUUCAUUGAGUGGUUCCGAAGUAAUAUCGAUAUUGGAAAGAAAUUCACCAUUAGUAUUAGGGAUAUCUUGACCUGGGUGAAUUUCAUCAAUACCUGCUCCAGCUCAGUUGAAAUCCAUGAGGCUUAUGUGCAUGGAGCUAGUCUCACUUUUCUGGACAGCUUUGGAUCUGGAGUUACAUCAGGAGAAAAUUUCAAAGUACUGGAAAAAUUCAAAAACACUUGUUUGAAUGUCCUAAAUGAACAAGUGAGGAAAUUAGGAUUCCCUGCAGUUGAACUUUGUAAUGAUGAUCUGAAAAUUAAAAUCAGUGGUGGAAAAUUUGGCAUCAAACCUUUCUUCAUUGAUUUAGAUAAUCAGAUUAAUGUACAGAGAGAAUUUUUCUUCAAUGCGCCUACCACACUUUUGAAUUGUCUAAGGGUGCUCAGAGGUAUGCAACUUCAUAAGGCCAUACUUUUGGAAGGUAGUCCUGGAGUGGGAAAAACUAGCCUUGUAACGGCUCUUGCAGAGUUCUCUGGACACAAGAUUUACAGAAUCAAUUUGUCAGAUCAAACGGAUAUUUCUGAUCUUUUCGGAGCUGAUUUACCUGUAGAAGGCGGAACAGGUGGUCAGUUCUCCUGGAAAGAUGGACCUUUACUUCAGGCACUCAAACAAGGCCAUUGGAUAUUGUUGGACGAGCUGAACUUGGCUUCUCAGUCCGUCCUGGAAGGUUUAAACGCCUGUCUAGAUCACAGAGGCGAGAUUUUCAUACCUGAGUUAGGCAAAACGUUCCAUGUGAAAGAAGGAACAAGAUUUUUCGCUGCCCAAAACCCCCUCAAACAGGGCGGUUCAAGACGUGGUUUACCUCAGUCUUUCUUGAACAGAUUCAUACAAGUAUACAUAGAUACUUUAACAUCUAAAGAUCUUCAUUUCAUCCUAACCAAACAAUUCCCAAAAAUACCAGUUGAAACGAUCACCAAGAUGAUAGAAUUCAACAUGAGGAUGGAUGAGCAGCUAGCAAGUCACAAGUUUGGUAACAAAGGAGCUCCAUGGGAAUGCAACUUGAGGGAUUUGACCCGUUGGUGCGAGGCUACUAUUUAUCACCAUAAAUUCAACAAGACCGAAAUGGACAACAGUUAUCACCCAGAAGCUCUGGUGAAUCUUCUGUAUGCAGAUAGAAUGAGAACGUUAUCUGACAAAGAGAAGGUCUUCGAAAUUUUUGAGGAAGUUUUCUGCUGCAAAAUUGGGGGAACCAAACCAAUCUUAUAUUUGAAUCAAAAACGCGUUUAUUUCGGCGAUGUGCAUUUGGAUAAAGAUUCUGUUGGUGAGGUGCAAAUAAAAAGAGGGGAAGAUUCGGACUGCCUUGUUUUGAGGAAUCAGUUGCCAACACUUAGGAGUCUGUCAUAUUGUGUGAACUUGGGAUGGAUGAGUAUUUUGGUCGGCUCAUCCGGUUGCGGCAAGAGCGGCGUUGUUAAAACUCUGGCCAGCCUGGCGGGAAAAACUCUGAAAACUUUCCCGGUCACCUCGGCGAUGGACACAACGGAUAUACUCGGAGGAUUCGAACAGACCGACUAUUCUCGCCACUUGGACGAGCUGCACAGAGAAACAGAGGCCAUCCUGAACGGAUGUCUCCGCAGCCUGCUACUCUCGAAGAAGAUCAAGGAGGCCGUCGGGGCGCUGCAAUUGUGGGAGUCCCUCCAACGGUUACAAGAGCAAGAGAUAAAAACAAUAAAGGAAGAAAUCCAAUUAUUCAUCCGCAAGUUGGACAAACUCCGCUCUGUCUGGGAUUACAUCGACGAGUUGAAACUGGCUCCAGAUGACUCCGUCGAAAGGUUGAAACAGAAGGAGGGCAUUCUGAGGAGGAACGUGCAGGACGAGAGAUCGCUGAAUGCCGGGGGAAAGUUCGAAUGGGUCGAUUCCGUUCUGAUAAAGUGUCUUCAAAACGGCCACUGGUUACUUGUAGACAACGUGAACUUGUGCAGUUCGGCAGUUUUGGACCGUCUGAAUGCCCUUUUGGAACCACGUGGUGUCCUUACCAUCGGGGAGAGAGGAGUGGAUAAAGAUGGGUGUGUAAUGGAGAUCAAGCCACAUAAGGAUUUCAGGCUUUUCCUCACAAUGGACCCUAAGAACGGCGAGAUAUCUAGGGCCAUGAGAAACAGAGGAGUUGAAAUAUACCUCUUAAACGACAGGGAAGCAUCAAGGAACGAUCUGGAUGUGAAGAGCAUGAUCCAGAUCAACGGCUUGGAAACCAGAAAGCAUAUCAGAGUCCUACUCCAUAUGCACGAGUUCCUCAGCGACUUAAUCUUGGGUGAAAAACCGACUAUCAACGAACUCUUACAGGCGGCUUCGUUGAUAUCCCAACAGCUGAGAUACGGAGUUGAUGAAAUUCAGGCUUUCCGCUCGACCCUUAUCGAGGUUUACUACAAGACGAGAUCACCCGUCGAAUUCAACACCAAACAGGUUGAUCAAGAAUUGACUGAAGAACUCAAAACGCAACUAGAAUUUUCAGUUGAUGAGAACGUCAAGAACGAUUGGUACAACGAGAAUUUCACAGUCAACACCAACAACCGUGAAACGUCUUCGGAACUGAAAAAAUUCAAACAGCAAUCAGCAUUGAUCCACUCGCUCCUCAGGAAAAACGUCACGUUGAAAUACGAUAUCUUCGAAUACCUAUUAGCCAUAUUUUACAGUAUGUCAACACCAAACGAUUUGAAAGCGCGUUAUGAUUAUCUGAGAUAUGCAUUGGGUAAUGACGAUGACAAUGUUGCACGAUUAACAAAUCAGUUGUUCGAGGUACUGAAAAAUUCAACGUUCGAAGUCAAGGACCUACCAGUCGAUCACAGAUGGCUUCCUGACACUGUAUAUCGUGAGCAGAACAGUUCGGACGUAAACUUGACGAUGUUGAAACUUCUUCUAACUGUUUACAACCACAACAACGAUAAAUUGAAGACGAAGAAACCAAAAGUGGCUUUGAUUGAUUACAUGCAAGCCAGAAGAAGGAAUGAAAUCGUGGACAAAUUCAACGACGUCAUAGUUACCGAUUUUUUGUCUCUCUUGGAAGCUUUCGAUUCAAACUUAAUCGCUUCUCUGCAGAGGGAGGACCUCAGAUUGACGGAUGAAGAAGUUAUACUCAUUCUUUAUCUCAGUAAGUGGAGAUUUGCGUUCUUCAAUUGCUCCCUAGUCGACGUAACUAACAAAAGAGAACACGCAAAAAUCCUGACGAAUAUAAAAGUACACUACAAUUGGUUCCUGAAGUACGCAGUGAAAGACAUGCUGAAGGCGCUAAAACAAAACGAAAGUGAAGACUUGGGCACAAUUCUGCAUCGAAUUAACCUGGUUAUGGACAGACAAUCCUCGGGGUUGUUCAAAAUAGGAAAGAACUACCAGAAACACAUAAGUAGACCCCCGCCGUACACCGAGCGUUCUCAUCUGGAAGUCACACAAGAAUUCGACUUCAUAAGCGGUUUUUACAACAUUUGCGAUAGAAGAAAUAAAUCCAAGACUGUGUUAACACUUCUAGAAAACGAUUCCAACACGAGAAAUAUCCUGAUAGAUCUGAAAGUAAAUUUAACAUUCAAUUUCGAAAGCGUCGAAGAAAAGAUGGACGUGUUGAAACUGGUCCAUACGAAGAACGAAAGUGAAACUUUGAAAACAUUGGACAAGUACAGAGUGGAAUUUGUUCCUUUCGUUCACUACAUCGAAGAAUUUGUUGUACGACGGAAUAUAGUCUCAGAAAAAAUUGAUGAACAGUUGCUCAGUAACAGCAUGGUGAUUCCUACAGAUUUGGUCGCGACAUGCUUGAAAUUCGCAAGAAGCCAAGACGAGCGAUUAAUUCACGAACUUGUGAAAUGUUACUUCUUGUAUUUGAACGAUUCACCGAGUGGUCAUGUUGAGGAGUAUCUCGAAAAUGACGAAAAAGAGAAUGCGUAUAUCGCUCUCAGUGGGCAUCAUCCGAAACUAUCUUUCUAUCUCAGCAAAUUGCUGAUAAGAAGCGAAACAGAUGAAAUCAACACAACGAAAUUGGGUAAUUUCAGGGAUUUGAUGAACCAGCAUAGGACACUCAAUGUAACCCUGUGGAAGAACUUGAGGGCUCUACACAGCGUAGAUUAUGAUUUCAUCAAUACUGAAUCGACUUACGUAAAGAGGGAUUUACACUCUUUCCUCAAACAACUGAGUGCGUCGUUCAAAUUCGACAACAAUUCUUCGACGCAUCCCGAAUUGGUAGAAAAAUGCGUUGCAGAAAUCAAAAAUUUCCAAAACUCUGUAACUUCGGCCGAACAUCGUGACGCCAUAAUCAAAUUUGCAGAGACCCUGCAAAAGUGUUAUAAAAACGUGGAUAAAUUAUCGGAACCUUCGUACAACACCAACGAAAAAAUCGAACUUAUCGCUACCAUUCACACACAACUUGGAUUCAUGAAACUGACGUUGACCUCCCAACUUCAUCUCAUCGAUCCCCUCACCAAGAAGGCCAUCAAGAAGGAGCAUUUGGAACAGGCUAUCCUGGAUUUCGAAGGGUUGAAGACCUGUUUUGAGCUUCAGAAUAAAGUGUUCAGUGCUUCUCUCGAUACUGUGCACCUAUUGCACAAACCUAUCAAGGAGAUGAUCGAAAACAUGACGUUGAAAACGCAUGCCUUGGGAGAAUACGUAGCUGUUAGAUCAGAGAAAGUCCAAUACGAGUCUGUAUUCAUGAUUAUUAAAAAUUCCAUGAAUUCAAUUCUUUCCAAAGGAUCGUUCGAAAAAAUUGAGGAACUCACUUUAAGGAUAAAUGAACUCAUUACUGCAAUAAAUAAGGGAGGUAGCAUUUCUUUGAUCGAAAUGGAGAAAAUUCUGUCGCGCCAUGAACCAUCUUUGAAAAGCUACGAGAACACAAUUUUAGAGUGGUCCAAAUACAGAAUUUCGUAUCCUGACAUCGUAGAACCUCUAUUGAGUAACGUCGCACAAUUCCUAUAUGGGUACAAAAUGAAAGUAUCGGUUUUACGGAAACUUUUGGAACAGUAUAAGUUCAUGCAGCAGAAUAUAAACAUUGAAAAAACUAUGACAUCAUUAGUGGAAUAUCCUGCUUUGAAUAGAGAUCAAACAGACUAUAUAGAAUAUAUCAAUUCAUACUCAAACCAGGAUAUUCAAAACUUCAUUGAAGACAUUAUGAAGAACGAACAACAUAUUGCAUCUAUAGAAAAUUUAAGAUUACUUAAGUGUGGUAUCCAAGAAGCUUUCAACACUUGUGUUGUUUAUGGUAGUUCCGAAAUUCUCAAUACAACUAUAUAUGGUCAGUUCAUCAAAUUGAUCGAAGUUUUUGUUACUAAGUAUCAGGAGCAAGAACAGAGGAAAGAGGAAGAAAAGAAAGAAGCCGAGAGUAUAUACAAAAUGAAAACAAAAUGUAAAGACUUAACAGAAGACGAGGAAGUUGAAGAGGAAAUAAAGGAACUUUUUACGAACUUCCAUUCAAUUGACUUUGCCGAUAUGCAACCUCGUGUACAGCUCGCAGACGAAGCAGAAUCUGAAAUAACUGGGGAAGAACAUAAAUCUGCUGAGAUAUCUUAUGAAGAUCUAAAAUUCGUUUCUGAACUACACACUUCACUAGUCCAGAAUUUCACAAGAUCGGAGUGGUUGAAACCAGAGAAAAACAAGAGUAUUAUUUGUAAUUUCGUUCAUCCUGUCGUGCAAAAAUUCAAAGUUUUCCGACAUCUUUUGGAUAAAGUUGUAAGAUCUUUGGAUUAUAAUAUGGAUAAAGACUUAUUUGGCAGCUUCAGUGUAUUAUUAGGUGUGAUUCAAAAGUAUGGAAAAGAAGAAUUAGAAGAUCAAGAGGGUUCACCAAGUAGAAUCUGCAGAAAUGAGUAUUCAGAUUUUUAUAAAGAUGCUGACGUGGAUGAGGUUAAAUCUUGUUAUCACAUUCUCGAAGAUUUGAGACGUAGAAUCGAAGAACUUCUGGAUGAAUGGCCUGAACAACCUACAUUGAAAACUAUCGUUGAAGUAAUCAAUAGAAUUUAUAAUUUCGAUAUCAAUAGUCCAGUGUCCAGAUUUUUAACUGGGUUCGAAAUACUCUUGACUAAAUGUCAUGAGUGGGAACAAGUUGCGCACUCUGGAGUUAGCUUAAGUCAGUUCGAACAAAAUAUCAUUCAGCAAAUUAUCACCUGGAGGAAGAAAGAGUUGGCCAUGUGGAGAAAUCUCUUGAAUUCGACAUUUGAUAAGUUGAACGAUUCCAAAGCGAAGUGGUGGUUAUAUCUUUUCAAAGUUACAGAACAAUUCAUAACAGAGAAACUCUUCACCGUGGAAGAGUUGAUAACAACUUUACAAAAGUUUAUAACAAAUUCGAACAUUGCAGAAUUCCAGAUGAGAUUGGACCUGCUCUACACCUUCCACUGUUUUGCGGUGAAUUUUAGAGAUUCGAAGAAUCAAAGCGAAGCUAAGGUUUAUCAAAACGUACUUUGGAACCUUUAUCAAUACUAUAAUCAGUUCAGUGAAUGCAUUGCUUUGAAAAUCAAGGAACUCAGGACUCCUGUUGAGAAAAAGUUGAAGGAUUAUGUUAAGAUUGUUAAAUGGAAGGAUAUCAGCUACUGGUCUGUAAAGGAUACUGUGGAUAAAUCUCACAAAAUACUUCACAAACAUGUUAGAGAAUUUAAGACUAUCAUGAGCCAACCAGUUGUUAAAUUUCUGAUACAUACCAACACCGCUGGCAAUAAAGAUGAAAACGUUGGCAUUUGGGACAGACCACAAAGGAAAUCACCCAAAAAGUAUCAUUACACUAUGGAUGCUGUGAGUUACAUGGCCAAAAAAUCUAUUACGAAGCAUACCGAAAAAGGCCCAGAGUUAUCUAUGGCACAAGAGAGCAGAAUUAUAUCUAAAAUGAAUUCCUACUUCAACAAGUCGAGGACAUUGUGUAAAGACAUAGUUGAAGCUACCAAAUAUCCAGAUUUGGUACGUGACAUGGAUGAAUUUGUUGCUGAAGUUAUUCAAACCAGCAACCAUCUACAAAAAUUGGAGGUUGAUACUACCCAGCCGAAAAAUAAACAGAAAUCGCAAGCCAAGAAUAUAUUACAGCAGAAGCACAGGGCCCUUGCUGAUCUUUUCAAAACACUCAGUAAAAUGGGGCUCUCUUUCAGAACAGGCCUUGUGGACAAUUCAACAAAGAAUAACAUAGAAGAGUUCACCAUCAAGCCUGUAGAUCUCGCAGCAACUUUUGGUUACAUUGGAAAUAACAAAAAUGACGAGAAGAUCUUGACUAUUUGGGAUUCAUGUGAACUUUACUUUUUGAGAUCUUCAAUCCGGUUCAACACUUUGGAGAGUGCCAUAUUGCAGCCUGCUAAAGAUUUGGGUCUGAGCAACAUUGAGAGAUGUCAUGGGUAUACAGCACACCUUUUGAGUCUCUCCCACAAACAGAAAAAUGACAUGAUUGAAAUGAGUAGAAGUAUAUACUAUCUGAGACACUGUUUCAAUAAUUUGUCCCGCUUUUGUAACAGCUCUGAAUUUAUAGAGGCCGACUACUUAGAAAAAUUGAGUAGCCUUAUGAAGAAACUAACAAUAGUCUCUAAACAAUAUAAAGUCAUCUUGAAUACCUUCCCAGUGGAAGAUCCUUUGAAUGUAACUCAGGUUCAAAUCGUAGAGCUGAAUAACAAAACCGAAUUUGCGAAGUACAAAUAUGAUUCUUGUUGGAACAAUUUAUAUUCAUCAUUCAAUUCCCUCACUGAGCUCGCAGAUAAAAUUCAAACACUAAUAGCAAAAUGCAGAAAAACAGUUCCAUGUUUGGAUUUUGUUUUGAAGGAACCUUCAUUGUUCCCUGUAGAAGAUGGACUACUUAUUUCCUCUAAUUUGGAGAUGAUCUUAGAAAAAUCAAGGGGCAUCUUGACUUCUAUAAGUGAUACUCAUCUUCAGAACAGCCUUAAGUGGUUAGUUGAGGAGAUAGAAGAUGCGAAAAAUAAAUUUAUAUUGAAAAAUUCUUCAAACACUACCGAAACAGAAAUCUUGAAAGAAUUUAAAGCAAACAUAGAAAAGAGCUCAUCAAAAAUUCUGGUUGUAAUACAAGAAAUGUUUAAAAAAUACUCAAGACAAAAUAUGGAGGAAACUAUUGAAAAAGAUGAACAGGCUGAUUCAGAAAAGGAUCAGUUGAAAACAUUGAUUGAAAAUUUAUUGAACGAUAACAAACAAUUGGAUUCAAAGAAGGUACUAAAAACUGUGAAGAAAGUUACUGAGAGCCUAUAUUCCGGAUGUUUACCACUCGGUGAAAAGGAAAAACUCAUAACUAAUCAAUACCUAUCUCUCUUAGAACAGAUGAUAUUACUCUAUCAAUAUUUUUUGACUCAGCAAGUCUCGUCUUACCGAGUUACCUGCAAACUGAAUUCUGUUUUAUUGAAUAUUUUCAUUGAAUUAGCUGGAAAGGGAUUCUGUAUACCUCCUGAACUUUCUGAUGAAAUGGAAGAGCAAGGACCAGGCCAACCUUCGGAUGGUAUGGGUCUUGGAGAUGGUAAAGGAGAAAAAGAUGUCUCAGAUAAAAUAGAAUCUGAAGAUCAGCUAGAUGAAGCUCAGGUUGAAGGUCAAGAGAAGGAGAAGGAGGAAGAUCCAGAUUGUAAAGAAGAAGAUAAUGGAAUCGAGAUGAACGAAGAUUUUGACAGCAAAUUGCAGGAUAUAGAAAAGGAUAAAAAUGAGGAUGAUGAAGAUCAAGAUGAUAAUGACUCAGAUGCUGAAGAACAAAUGGGAGAAACUGAAAAGGGAGCAAAUAAAUUAGAUGACGAAGUUUGGGGAUCUGAUAAAGAUGAUGAUGGAGAAGCGAGUGAAGAAGAAGACAAUCAAGAAGAAGAAACUGGUAAUAAAGGGGAAGAUGAAAAUGACCAACAAAUUGGUGCAAAAGAUAAAGAUUCAAAGGACAAACCUACAGAUGAAGAUAAAGAAGAACCUGGAGAAGAUCAAGAAAAAAACCAAAAAGAAAUAAAUGAGUUUGAAGAGCCUGAAGUUGCUGAAGAUCAAGUUGACCCUUAUCAUGGCAACUUACCUGAACCUCCUGAACCAGAACCAAUGGAUCUACCAGAUGACUUACAACUUGAUGAAGGUGAAGAAGAUAAGGAAGAGCAGACAGAAGAUAAUCCAUUCGAUAUUGAUACCAUGAAAGAACAAAAUAUUCCUGAAGACCAUGAAGAAACUCCUGAAGAAAAAGAGGAAAAGCAAAAAGAGGAUGUUGAAUUUGAGAGUGACGAUGAGGAGAUUAAAAAAGGGGAUAAGGAGGAUGAACCACAAGAAAAUGAUGAAAUACAAGAAGAAGAACAAAGUAAUGAAACUGAAGAUAAGAAAGAGGAAAAAGGAGAAGAAAAUCAAAUGGAAAAUCCAGAAGAAGACAAAGAGAACACUGAAGAUGAGAAAAUUGAUGAUCAAAGUGCUGCAGACCAAACACAAAGUAAUGAAGAUCAAGUGGAGGCUAUGGAAGUUGAUGCAGCAGAAGCAGCUGAUAAGACGCAAGGCACUGAAUCUGAGAGUCAUUCCAACCAACAAAUAGAUGAAUUACAACAAGAAGAUAAGCCUGAUCAAGAUGGUGUGGGUCAGUCCCAAAUGGAAGAAAGCCAAACUGGUCAUUCCACACAAACAGAUAAACCUCAGCAGGCAGAUACCACCAACAAAGAAAAGCAAGAUUUGAAGCGUAAGGAGAGACCUGGGGAAUCAGACAUCCAGAGAAGUUUGGGCGAUGUCAACGAACCAGUGCAGAAAAAACUGAAAACCAUAGAUGCGAAAAAUAAUGAGGAAGAUGAAGCUUCAGGAGAACAGGAAGAGGAUAAGGCAGAAGCAGAAAUGUACAAACACAUCAAGGAUGCCAAAGAAGAUGCUACUCAAGUUUUAGAUGCAGCAACUAAAGAACAGGCUGAAGCUCAAAAAGAAAAGACCGUUCCAAAUAAAGAAGAAGAGGAAGCCGAAGAACCAACAGAAUCUUCUCAGGACCUCCCUGAAGAAGAAGAUGAUGAAAAUAUGGACAUAGCAGAAGGUGUUAAGCAAAAACCCGAAAAAUUAGAAGACCAAAAGGACAAAAAGAAAAAUAAUAAAUCCCAUCCAGAUGGAGACGUCCUAGAAGAACUAGAAAAUAUAGAAAUUGAAGGUGAAAUAAUUGAAACCGCAACUGUAGCAAGAGCUCCAGAAUCUUCUCAUCACACUCAUUUUGACGGUGAAGCAAUUGAUGUUGAAACCACCCUGUCUAUUGAGGAGAUGAAUGCCUUGAGAACAGAGGUAGAACAACAAAUGUCAUCGUGGUAUGAGCCUCCUUCUGACGUUGAUGCUGAACAAACUUGGCAAAAAAUAUCUUCUGUUACAUCUUCUUUAGCUCAAGAACUUUCAGAACAAUUGACACUUGUUCUCGAACCAACUCAAGCUAGUAGAUUGAAGGGCGAUUAUAGAACUGGACGGAGAAUAAACAUGAGAAAAGUGAUACCUUAUAUUGCUUCGCAAUUUAGAAAGGACAAGAUAUGGCUUCGAAGGACUAAACCAUCGAAAAGGGAGUAUCAAAUAGUGUUAGCUAUAGAUGAUUCAUCUAGUAUGGCAGAUAAUAAGUCGAAAGAAAUGGCGUUUGAGAGUGUAGCGUUGAUUUCCAAAGCUCUCACUCUGUUAGAAAGUGGUCAACUCUCAAUUUUGAGUUUUGGUGAGCAGACGGAGGUUCUGCACAAACUAUCGGAUCAGUUCACUGAGAAAAGUGGUGUGAAGUUAUUACAAAAAUUCAAAUUUGCCCAAACUAAAACUCGUUUAGCGAAAAUGGUGGACUUCGCUACAGAAAUGUUGAGUUAUUCACAAACUCAAACCAACAGUUUAACUGCCAAGUUAUUGAUUAUAAUUAGUGAUGGACGAGGAGUAUUUUCAGAGGGAGAAACAUUAAUGAGGCAGGCUGUAAGAAGAGGAAAACUAGCGAAUAUUUUCACAGUAUUUGUUAUAAUAGACAAUCCUGAUAAUAAGCAUUCUGUGUUGGAUAUUCGAAUGCCAAUUUUCAAAGAUGGAAAACUGGAAAAAAUAAGUAGUUAUAUGGAUGUAUUUCCCUUCUCAUUUUAUAUUUUACUUAGAGAUUUAGUUUCUCUGCCCAAUGUUUUGAGCGAUGCUUUGAGGCAAUGGUUUGAAAUGGUUUCUAACCUGGAUAAAUAGUUUAUAAAAUUUUAUGUACAAUUACAAAUAUGAUAUUCCAAUAAUGUUUUGUAUUAUAAUUUGUUAAUAGUAAAGAUUUUGACGAAAAA